CAGCCGGGCAGCGCCGCCCACAUUGAGCGCGUCCCCCGGGGCCGCAGGAUCGGAGCCGCCGCUUGUUGGCGACUGGGAAGUGGCCGCCGGCCCGGGCGGAGCCGGGUUUCUAUUUGUGCGCGUCUCGGCGGAGGCGGCGCCAGUGACCCGGGAGAGCGCAGGGGUUCGCUCUGCCCUCAGCCUGUCCCCGCCAGCCAGCUACAGGAGUCGGUGUGGACCAGGAGUGAGCGGCGCUUGUUGCUCGGUGCCCGGUACUCGCCCCCGGCUCAACGCUACCCCCGGACCGCGAGAGAGGACGCGGCGGCCGGCCAUGAUGUGACCUGCUCUCCGCUGCCGCCGCCGCUACACCGUGCAGCCCGUCCCCGGCUUGUGAAGCGCUCACACCGCCCGCUCCCACUCGCACUCGCCAUGCAGCCUGUUGCGUUGCUGCUCGCCUUCCUGCUGACUGCAGGGCCACACCGUCAAGGUGUGACGGGGUCAGGAGGCAGCGAGUGUUCGUGCGGCAGGAACCACUUCACCUGUGCCGUGAGUGCCUUUGGCGAAUGCACCUGUAUCCCCGCACAGUGGCAAUGUGAUGGAGACAAUGAUUGUGGAGACCACAGUGAUGAAGAUGGCUGCAUGCUGCCAACAUGUUCCCCUCUGGAAUUCCACUGUGACAACGGCAAGUGUAUCCGGCGUUCCUGGGUGUGUGAUGGUGACAAUGACUGUGGCGAUGAUUCCGAUGAACAGGAUUGCCCUCCUCGAGAGUGUGAAGAAGAUGAGUUUCACUGCCAGAACGGCUAUUGUAUCCGCAGUCUGUGGCAUUGUGACGGUGACAACGACUGUGGUGACAACAGUGAUGAACAGUGCGACAUGAGGAAGUGUUCAGACAAGGAGUUCCGCUGUAACGAUGGCAGCUGUAUCGCCGAGCACUGGUACUGUGAUGGUGACACCGACUGCAAGGACGGCUCUGACGAAGAUGGUUGUCCUGCGGAGGUUGCUGCCACCAACUGCAGCAUGGAGGAGUUCCAGUGUGCGUACGGGCGUUGCAUUCUUGACGUUUACCACUGUGAUGGUGAUGAUGACUGCGGUGACUGGUCCGAUGAAUCUGAUUGUGCCUCACACCACCCGUGUCGGUCGGGCGAGUUCCUCUGCAACAGCGGGCUCUGCAUCAACGCCGGCUGGAAAUGCGACGGUGACUUUGACUGCGACGACCAGUCCGACGAGAGAAAUUGCACUGCAUCGCAGUGCACCAUGGAGCAGUUCCGCUGCAAGUCGGGCCGCUGCAUUCGCCUGGCGUGGAGAUGCGACGGUGAGGACGACUGCACCGACAACAGUGACGAGGAGGACUGCGAGAAGACAGAGAUCUCGCACUGCUCCCCCGAUCAGUUCACCUGUGGCAAUGGCCGCUGUAUUGGGCAACGCAAGGUGUGCAAUGGGGCUCAUGACUGUGAAGAUGCCACAGACGAAAGUCCACACCAGAGCUGCCGUGAACGCUCUACGGAGGAGAGUUGCAACAUCAGCAAUGGGGGAUGUGAGCAAAAAUGUCAGCUGGACAGAGACCUGGUCCAGUGCACCUGUCACACUGGCUAUCGCCUGCUGGACAACGGCAAGUCCUGCCAAGACGUGGACGAGUGUGCGGAGGAUGGGUACUGCAGCCAGGGCUGCACCAACAGAGACGGCAGCUUCCACUGCUGGUGCGUGCAGGGCUACGAGCUGCGGCCUGACAAACGUGGCUGCAAGGCGCUGGGGCCUGAGCCGGUGCUACUCUUUGCCAACCGCAUUGACAUCCGCCAAGUGCUGCCCCGCCGUUCUGAGUACACGCUCCUGCUCAACAAUCUGGAGAACGCCAUCGCGCUGGACUUCCACCACAGCAAGGAGCUGGUCUUCUGGUCAGACGUCACUCUAGACCGCAUCAUGAAGGCAAACCUGAACGGGAGCAAUGUGGAGGAAGUUGUGUCAACAGGCCUCGAGAGUCCAGGUGGUCUGGCCAUUGAUUGGAUCCACAACAAGCUGUUCUGGACGGACUCUGGCACGUCACGUAUUGAGGUCUCAAAUCUUGACGGGACUCAGAGGAAAGUGCUGUUGUGGGAGAACUUGGAGAAGCCUCGUGCCAUUGCCCUGCAUCCAAUGGAGGGAACUAUAUAUUGGACAGACUGGGGCAAUACUCCGCGUAUAGAAUACGCUGCCAUGGAUGGGUCCAAUCGCAAGAUCAUCGCAGACACACGUCUCUUCUGGCCCAACGGCCUCACCAUUGACUACGCCGGUCAGAAGAUGUACUGGGUUGAUGCCAAGCACCAUGUGAUCGAGCGGGCUGACCUUGAUGGUCACAACAGGAAAGCUGUGAUAAGUCAAGGCCUGCCACAUCCUUUUGCCAUCACUGUGUUUGAGGAUAGCCUGUACUGGACAGAUUGGCACACGAAAAGCAUAAACAGUGCCAACAAGUUCACCGGGAAAAAUCAGGAGAUCAUCCGCAAUAAACUCCACUUCCCAAUGGACAUCCACACACUUCACCCACAACGGCAGCCUGCAGCAGGGAAAAACCGCUGUGGAGCUGAUAAUGGAGGCUGCAGUCACCUCUGCCUUCCCAGUAGCACCAACUACACCUGCGCUUGUCCCACCGGCUUCAAGAAGAUCGACGCAUCCCGCUGCGCUGGAAGUCUUGACAAGUUCCUGCUUUUUGCUCGAAGGACGGACAUCCGUCGCAUUAGCUUUGACACCGAGGACAAGUCUGACGAUGUCAUUCCAGUGGCUGAUGUGCGCAGCGCUGUUGCACUCGACUGGGACUCCACAGGGGAAUAUAUCUACUGGACAGAUGUUACCACCGACUCCAUCAACAGGGCAAAGUGGGAUGGGACUCAGCAGGAGGCAGUGGUGGACACCAGUUUGGAGAGUCCAGCAGGACUUGCUGUUGACUGGGUGACAAACAAGCUCUACUGGACAGAUGCAGGAACGGACCGAAUCGAGGUGUCGAACCUUGACGGCAGCAUGCGUACAGUUCUCAUCUGGGACAACUUGGACAGGCCCAGAGACAUUGUGGUCGACCCCAUUGCAGGGUUCAUGUACUGGACAGAUUGGGGUGCCAGUCCGAAGAUUGAGCGGGCGGGGCUGGACUCUUCUGUGCGGACUGUCAUCAUCUCUGCCAACCUGACCUGGCCUAAUGGGUUGGCAGUGGACUAUGGCACAGAGAGGCUGUACUGGGCAGAUGCGGGCAUGAAGACCAUCGAAUAUGCCAACCUGAACGGAACUGCAAGGCGGGUUCUGAUUGGCAGUCAGCUGCCUCACCCCUUUGGACUGACGAUACACAAUGACAAGAUCUACUGGACUGACUGGCAAUCAAAGAACAUCCAGAGUGCGGAUAAAUACACCGGCUUAGGACGUGUGGUACUGAGGGAAAACCUGGAAAACCUCAUGGAUAUUCACAUGUUUCAUCGGCAACGCAUGUCGGUGGCUACCCUGUGUAAUAUCAACAAUGGAGGCUGCAGCCACCUCUGUCUCCUGGCUCCGCUGCCCAGAGGCCACAGUUGUGCCUGCCCCACUGGCAUCAACCUCCUUGCUGAUGGCAAGACGUGUGCGCCUGGUAUGAGCAGCUUCCUGAUAUUUGCUCGGAGAACGGAUGUCCGGAUGGUCUCACUCGAUAUCCCCUACUAUGCUGACGUGGUGCUGGCCGUCAAUGACUCCAUGAAAAACACCAUUGCAAUCGGAGUCGAUCCUAAAGAAGGCAAGGUGUACUGGUCAGACAGCACUCUGAAUACAAUUAGCAGAGCCAGUCUGAAUGGAUCGCAGCAGGAAGAUAUUGUGAACACAGGGCUAAUGACCACUGAUGGUCUGGCAGUGGAUGCCAACGGCCGUAAAAUAUACUGGACAGACACCGGCACCAACAGGAUUGAAGUUGCUAAUUUGGAUGGAACAAUGAGAAAGGUUCUGAUCUGGGAAAACUUGGACAGUCCGAGAGCUAUUGCUCUUCACCACGAGAAAGGAUACAUGUAUUGGACAGACUGGGGAGAACAUGCCAAACUAGAGCGUGCAGCAAUGGAUGGAUCAGACAGGACCAUUCUCAUCAACAAUAACCUGGGCUGGCCCAAUGGUCUGGUCAUUGACAAAGUGUCGUCUCGACUACUGUGGGCGGAUGCACACACUGAGCGUAUUGAGGCAGCGGACCUGAACGGAACAAGCCGCAAAACUCUGGUCACUCCUGUCCAGCAUCCGUACGGCCUGACGCUGCUUGGCCAUCACAUUUAUUGGACAGACUGGCAGACUCGAAGCAUCCAACGGGCCGACAAGAACACGGGUGGCGACAUGAUUACAGUGCGAGGCAACCUGCCGGGACUCAUGGACAUCCAAGCCAUCGACCGCGGUCAACCCCUCGGUUUUAACAAGUGUGGUGUGAGGAACGGAGGCUGCAGCCACCUGUGCCUGCCCCGACCUAACGGCAUCAGGUGUGCCUGUCCAACGGGGAUCCAAAUGAAGACUGAUGGGAGAACAUGUGACAAUGCCCCUGAGACCUACCUGCUGUUCUCCAGCCGUGGCAGCAUCCGCCGCAUCUCUCUGGACACCAGAGAUUACACCGAUGUACACGUGCCUGUUCCUGAGCUCCACAAUGUCAUCUCCCUCGACUACGACAGUGUGGAGAUGAAGGUUUAUUACACAGAUGUCUUCCUGGAUGUCAUCAGAAGUGCGAACCUUAACGGCAGUGGCAUGAAGACGGUGAUUAGCCAGGGUCUAAAGACGACGGAUGGCUUGGCCAUAGACUGGGUGGCAAGGAAUCUGUACUGGACAGACACGGGCAGAAACACCAUUGAGGUGUCGUGGCUGGAUGGAAGCUGCCGCAAGGUGCUGAUCAACAACAGCCUGGACGAACCCAGGGCCAUCGCUGUCUUCCCCAGGAAGGGGUAUCUAUUCUGGACAGACUGGGGAAAUCUUGCCAAAAUCGAGCGUGCACAGCUGGAUGGCACAGACCGCAAGGUUCUCAUCAACACUGAUCUAGGCUGGCCCAACGGUUUAACCUUGGAUUAUGACACAAGGAGGAUCUACUGGGUGGAUGCCCACUUAGACAGAAUAGAAAGCUGCGACUUGAAUGGAAACCUACGGCAAGUUCUCAUUGGCCAAGUUACACACCCCUUUGCCUUAACGCAGCACGACCGGUGGAUUUACUGGACAGACUGGCAAACCAAAUCAGUGCAGUGUGUGGACAAAUACACUGGUCGCAACAAGGAGACCAUCCUCGCCAAUGUAGAGGGACUGAUGGACAUCAUUGUGGUCUCCCCACACAGGCAAACAGGAACUAAUUUGUGCGGCGUCGAUAAUGGAGGAUGCACGCAUCUGUGUUUCGCCAGAGCAGAGGACUUUGUGUGUGGAUGUCCAGACGAGCCCGAUGGGCGGCCGUGCUCAGUGGUUCCCGGAUACGUGGCUCCAUUUUCGGAGAGCGCCAGUUCUGGCGAUAGAGCUGAUGGCGCUGGCCCCCGUAAAGCUGCCGACUCCUCUCCUGUGAAGCCCACGCAUUCUGUUGAGUACACAAGUGAAAACUGUUCUCAGAAAGAUGCAAAUCAAGGUCUCUGUGAUCAGGAUGAAAGCCAGGUGCUGCCUGCAACAACCGGUGAAGGUCUACAUAUAAGCUACAUAGUUGGAGCGGUCCUGACAAUAUUAGCAAUCCUAAUUAUCAUUGCUGCAGUCAUAAUAUACAGGCACAAGAAGUCCAAGUUUGAUGACCCUGCUGUCAGCAAUCUAACCUAUAGCAACCCGUCCUAUCGAACAUCUACACAAGAAGUGAAGAUUGAAACGGUGCAGAAACCAGCUCUAUAUAAUCAGCUGCGGUACAAGAAAGAGACUGCUACAGAUAGUAGUUACACAAAAGGGAAGAUCAAAAUUGUCGAAGGCAUCUGCUUGCUGUCGAAUGACAGCAUGUAUUGGGAUGACUUAAAACAGAUUAAGAGCACCACCCGGGGAGGAAUUCUUCGAGACCACGUUUGUAUGAAGGCAGAGACCCUGUCUGUCCAGGGCAGCACAGACUCACUUGGGGACACAGAGACAGAACAGCUACUACAGGAUGAGCCACUGUCAGAGUGUAGCAGCAUAAAUACAAGCACACAGGAAAGAAGUGGCAUCCCCUUGCCCGACACUGGCUGGCAGCACAAUCGCAAACCCUCAAUCGAAAGCGAGGUCUGAUGGGGAAUAGCUUUUUUUCUCUUUCGAUGUUCUAUUUAAAAAAAUGUUUCUAUGGCAACUUCAGACCAUGACUGAGCAUGCUCCCAACAAGAUGGAGCCUCAGAUUCUUCAACUCUCACAACUCAACUGGGCACUGAAUGGUACUGCAAACUGUCACCAAUCCAUCCUCUGUAAACACAAGAAGAAUGCAUCAAAGCCAAGUGAUCAGAACUCUCUAGAAGUGCUUUCAAAAUACCUGAUACACAAUUUAUUUAUCAGAUUUGUCUAAAGAACAGUUCUGGUUAAAGCAUGAAGGUACAGUGUGAUGCGUUAGCCAACUACACUGUAUAGAAUUCAUCUAUUAAAAUGCAUACUGUAUAAUCCAGUAUGUAAAGCAGAGUACUCUUUAUGGAAAAGGUUUUUUCAUUCUGUACACAGGGCAUGUAGUUUUGAUCUCCUGAGGAAGAGUAUGAAAAUCCUUGUAGUCUCAGGUAAGGCUUUGACUACAUCAGGGUGAAUUUUGAAAGGACAUGUUUAAUUAACCCCUUCAUCCUCACUUCAACAUCCAGACACAGCUGUGGUUUUGCGUGUGUGACCGGAAUCACUGUAUUUUCCUGAUGCUUUGAAAAUAGGAUUAAGGAACUGGCAAAUACUAAUACAGAUCCAGCUGCCUUUUCCCUUAAAUAUCUGUCUAAGCACUGAUUUAUAAACCAAUUUUGGACUUGCAUAUUGCUCCCAUCAAUAAUUACAAACUCUACUCAUGAUACCAGCAGUUAUUUCUUUUAGCCACUAUGUACAUUUAGAUGAAAUGUAAAAAUAUUGGUCCUGAGCAAGCUAGUUACAUUAAAUAGCACAAUUUACCUUUUAUUACAGGGGAUUCUGUUAAUUAGUUAAAUAUGCUGCAGAAUUUAUUUUAUUGAACCUGACAUUGCGGUCGCAUGUAGACACAAAAUGCUGGAGUAACUCAGCGGGACAGGCAGCACCUCUGGUGAGAAGGAAUGGGUGACUUUUUCGGAGUCUGAAGAAGGG